AGCAUCGUGGAGUAUUAUGUUAGAAAAAUGAAAAAAAUAUAUUUUCUUCUUUAGUUUUCACGAGGAUGAAUGCUUAAGAGUGAUAGCAUUCACUGAAGGCAAAGGACCAAAUUCCAUCCUCAAAAAAGAUGCUUUCAUUUGUCCUACAAUUACAUAAACAUUAUGCAUUACUAAAGACUAAAGUGAAUAAAUGCACCAAAAUCUCUGAACUAUUGCACUUUUAUAAAUGGUUGCUAAAAUUUUUAAAAGCUACCAUUAGCUAUCUAAACAAUUUGUUUGUUUCAAUCAAUCAUCUAGUCUAACUUUUGUUAAUAUUUGCUAUAUUCUUCGGCACGUCAGAAUCACGUGAUCCAAAAUUGAAAAUUUUGACUAAAUCACUAAUUAUUUUAACAAGAUCCUUCAUCAAAAUUGACUAAACUAACAAUAAAAAGAAACUUCAAAAGCCUCUUUUUUUUUUUUGAGAAAAAGAUAACAUACUACCCGCUUCAUUCAUUCAAGGCGUGAAUUAAACUACAUGGGUGAAGCAUCAGGGCCUCAAAGGUGACAAAAACAAAAAAAUGACGGAUGUUGUUUACAAGGUACAGUUAAAUCUGCUAUACUGUCAACAAGAUCUAUCUAUAGAUCAAAAAUUUUUCCACUGAGCCAUCAGGUGUUUGAUCUUAUGGAUCCCACUGAGGAGGUCCGCCUGGGCCUUCAUAAAAAUCGCUACGUUCCUAGUCUCUCACACCACCCACCAGCAAGCUAUAAUACCACUUAAACCGUUACUCGUGGAUUGUCCCCCCUUCCGACCUUUUCAAAUAUCCCACACUAAGUGUAUGCCAUCUUCCAAGUCUCGUGGCUGGACAUCCUCCAGUGACAUCACCAGUUUCAAAAGCCUAUUUUAAAAUGAACCAUAGUUGAUCCAGAAAGUCUGCAUACAUUUAAUUGAGGCUCCUUUACAAAAUAAAAAGUUGAAGGGCUACUUUGGAAAUUCCGCAUAAUUGAGGAGUGUUACUACACUUUACCAAAAAAGAUAUGACGUGGUGAGCAUGGUCCAGGAUAAUUUUCUCCGGCGUCGCCCGAAGAAGGUGAAGGAUGUGGCGCAUCAGGACGAGGUCGUGCGCGUCGUCACCAACACCCUCGAAACCGCCGAUUUGCCUCACUUGCUCUUCUAUGGCCCUCCUGGAACCGGGAAGACCACCACCGCCCUUGCCAUCGCGCACCAGCUUUUUGGACCAGAAUUAUACAAGUCGAGAGUUCUAGAACUUAAUGCAAGUGAUGAUCGCGGAAUUAACGUUGUGCGAACAAAAAUAAAGGACUUUGCUGCUGUUGCUGUAGGUUCUAAACCACAUCAAGGAGGUUAUCCAUGCCCACCUUACAAAAUAAUUAUACUUGAUGAAGCAGAUUCGAUGACGGAAGAUGCUCAGAAUGCCUUGAGACGAACUAUGGAGACUUACUCCAAAGUAACAAGAUUCUUCUUCAUAUGUAACUAUAUCAGCAGGAUCAUAGAGCCGCUUGCCUCCAGAUGCGCGAAAUUUAGAUUUAAACCUCUUUCUGAAGAAGUGAUGAGUGGUCGAAUCUUGCACAUAUGUAAUGAAGAAGGGCUUAAUCUGGAUAGUGAGGCUCUUUCUACCCUCGGCUCCAUCUCUCAAGGUGAUCUUCGUCGUGCCAUAACUUAUCUGCAGAGUGCAGCUCGAUUGUUUGGGUCAUCUAUUUCUUCCAAUGACCUAAUUAGUGUUUCUGGGGUUAUCCCUCAAGAUGUUGUUGAGUCACUAUUCACAGCUUGUAAAUCUGGUGAUUUUGAUGUGGCAAACAAAGAAGUAACUAGAAUCAUCGCAGAGGGAUACCCAGUUUCACAGUUGAUCUGCCAGUUGUUAGAGGUGAUUGUUAAUGCCGAAGACAUACAAGAUGAGCAAAAGGCAAGAAUUUGUAAAAAACUGGGUGAAGCAGAUAAGUGCUUGGUCGAUGGAGCGGAUGAGUAUUUGCAGCUGAUGGAUGUGGCGAGUCAUACAAUGCGAGCGCUCUGCAACAUGCAACAAGAAUUGUGCUUUAGCUAGUUAAUUUACAGCCAGAAAAUAGAGCAGUCAAAGCUAAAAUAUUCACCCAUGUUUAACCUGAUGCUUAUCACUGUGCCCUAAAUCUCAGCUGCUUUAAGAAGCAAUUUUCUUGCAUAUCUCUCUCUCUGUUUCUCGUACUGCUAAUUUAUUGGCCACAUUAUGAAUUAUUAACAGGUGGGUUAUUAUGUUCCAACUA